CACACCAGCACCUGUUACUUUGUGAUUGCUGCCCCACCCACUCUUUGACUGGAAAGAGAGCAAGUGUGUGAAUUUGUUUGUGCCCUUUCUUUGGUUCUUUUCUCCCAAAUCCUGGGGGACGAUCAACGUUGCAACAUGGUUUGGCUUUUGAUUCUCUGGGUUGUCCAAGUGGGCAGUGUUCCCAUAGCCAAUUUCACAAAUGCUACUACUUCAAAUGCUACUUUCCCUGCAACAGUGGACAACUCUAAAAACCCCAUCAACAAUUCUACAAAUGUGACUUUCUCUGCCACAGGUUCUACUGCCUCGACGGGGCCACGUCGCAGACAAAAUGAUUGGUAUAAAACACCUGAAACCAGAGAAGAGGACUUACAGUUUGACCUUGCUAUCAUGGAGGGAGACAUUCUGGUUUCGGAAGACCGAUUAGCUGUGAAGUCCCUUUGGCCGGAGAAUGAAGGCGUCACUUCUAUCCCCUACAAGAUCAACGGUGAUCUGGUGGACAGAAAGGAAACUAUGCUAGCAGCGUUCAAGAUGAUUUCAGACCAGACAUGUAUCCUCUUCCACGAAUACACCAAUGAGAUUAACUACAUAGAGUUCAUCUCUGGGUCAGGCUGUGCGUCGUAUGUAGGUUUUCAGGGCGGGGCCCAGCCUCUGUACUUCGGUAGAGCCUGUAACGUGGGGAACCUGUGUCAUGAGCUGAUGCAUGCCCUGGGCCUGCACCACGAGCACACACGGCCAGACCGUGACCAAUACAUCACCAUACAGUGGGACAACGUGGUCUCAGGAAAAGAAGAUAACUUUAAGGUGAAGGAAGGAGACACUCAGGAUCUGCCCUAUGACUACGACUCCAUAAUGCACUACGGAACGUUUCUCCUGGCAGUUAUUACUUCUCAUCAAACCGGAACCCCACUAUUGACUCCAAGAAGAGUGGAGUCCAGAUUGGACAGAGAAAUCACCUGAGCCCCCUGGACAUAGCACGCCUUAACAAACUCUAUCAAUGUGAAUAACAAUGCACAGUUUAGCAUUUAUUACACCAUCGAAGAAGAUUCCAACACCACUGCUGCCGACUGAUUCCAACACACAUGGCACUGACAUCCUAACUUCUCUUCACAACAAUGAAUAAGUUGGACAAGUCCCUUAAAGCUUUCUGAUGUAUUAUACGUGUGGCUGGCUGCAGGCAGUGGUUUUAUUUCUCCUGUGUACUCUUGCUGCCUUGAAUUAGGCCUAUACCACUGCACUUGUCUUGGAAAUAAAUAAAAUGACCUAGACUGAAAAGAA